AUGAAUUUACUUGCCUUUCUUGCAAUACUGAUCACUCAUGUUACUGCAAAAUAUGGAUUGGUGGAGAUAAUUUCCUCCAAAUCAUGUGGUUCGCAUGAGUUUCAGUGCGACAAUGGUUCAUGCAUUCCAGCCUCAGAUCACUGUAACGAUAAGCAAGAUUGUGCAGAUGGAAGUGAUGAAACUGGAUGUGAUUAUUUUCUUUGCAAGGCUCCUUUCUGGUAUCGGUGCAAGCACGAAUCAACUUGUAUAAGUGCCUCAAGCCGCUGCGACAAGCAAAAAGACUGCUUCGGUGGAGAUGACGAAGAAAACUGCGACAAUUAUGAGGCUCCCCACAAGGCUCCGUCGUGUAGCAAAUCCGAAUUUACUUGCACGGAUAAAGCAUGUAUACCAGCUGAUUUUGUAUGCGAUGGGAUCGAACACUGCUUGGACGGGUCGGAUGAGACAAUCGGAUGCCUCGACAUAGAGAGUAAAUGUAAGGGGUUUCUUUGCCGUAAUAAGCACUGCUUGACAACGAGCAGCUGGGUGUGCGACGGAACCGAUGACUGUGGCGACAAAUCAGAUGAGGAACACUGCCUAAAUGAGUGCACUCUGGAAUAUGGAAAAUUUGAAUGUCACAACAAUCACACGUGCAUAGACAUUGCGAUGGUUUGCAAUGGCGUAGAUGACUGUGGAGAUGGUAGCGAUGAAGCUUCCAGUUGUCAGUCGGGCGCUUGUAAGCUUUUAAAAUGUGAUCCUCACGGGUGUAAGAAUAUGCCGGAUGGGAAAGCAGUAUGUAUCUGUGAUCGUGGAUUCAAGUUCGAUGCUUCUUCAGGUAAAUGCCAGGAUGUGAACGAAUGCGAACGAUAUGGGUUAUGCUCACAGGGAUGUAUUAACACGCCUGGAUCGUUUCGCUGUACGUGCAUUGAUAAAUUCCACUUGAUGCGCGAUGGCAGGACCUGCGAGCUAUCCUCUGGAACGGAAGCUCUUAUGUUGUAUACAACGGAGAAGGCUGUUGGUGCUAUGUACCUAUCAUCAAUGCAUCAAUACUACGUUGCAAGGGAUCUAUCUCAAGUGAUUGGGGUAGCAUAUGAUGGUAUGCACGUUUAUUGGACCGACAUUUCCAGUAAAACUGAAUCUAUCGAACGUUCCUUGGAAGAUGGAAGCGAUCGGGAGCAGCUACUGACUGCGGGAUUAAUUUCACCGGAAGAUUUGGCUAUCGAUUGGCUCACCGGAAACAUAUACUUUAGUGACAGCGGUCAGAUGCACAUAGCCGUGUGCUCGAGCGAUGGGUACCAUUGCAAAGCUAUCAUACAUGAAGAGCUCCACAAACCACGAGCGAUUGCGUUGCUCCCUCAGAAUGGUUCAAUAUUUUUUAGCGAUUGGGGAAACAAUGCCAUGAUCGGAAGAGCACGGAUGGAUGGCUCUAACCAGACGAUCAUUGUCAGUGAUGGUGUCCAUUGGCCAAAUGGACUGACGCUGGACUGGCCAAACAGUCGCCUGUAUUGGAUCGAUGCAAAACUGAAACGUAUCGAAAGCAUGCAUUUCGAUGGAAGCAAUCGAGUGACUGUAUUGUCGGAUAUGCUCAAACAUCCGUUUUCUAUUGCCGUGUUCAAUGAUCGCAUUUAUUGGUCGGACUGGGAUACAAAGAGUAUUCAGUCAUGUGAUAAAUUUACAGGAAAAGCGCGUAGAACAGUGGUACAUGAUCGCAUGAUCUUCGAUGUUCAUAUUUAUCACUCGAGCAUACAGCCUAGAAUAAAGCAUCCUUGUCUAAAUCACACGUGCUCACACCUAUGCUUGUUGACUUCUAAUGCUUCAUAUACGUGUGCUUGUCCACAAGGAAUGGACCUUCACCAGGAUAAACACACCUGUCUGGAUGUGGCCAAGCGACAGAACCUUUUGCUGGGAAUUGGUAAUUAUUUAGUUUCAUUGAAACACCAUCCUUUCGGGAGACACGAAACGGGAAAAGGAGAAGCACUGCAAAUAACUAUAAGCCGUAUGGCAUUUAAUGUUCUAACUGGUGAAGUAUUCAUUGCUGAUAAUAUCGAGAAGGCCAUUUACACGGUGGAACUCGACUCGCUCAGAACGAAACAAAUCAUCCGCAGCGACAUUGGAAUGAUUACAGCACUGGCUUUCGACUAUCUAAGCAACACGCUGUACUGGUCUGAUGCCGAAAGGUCUACUAUUGAGAUAUAUAGUUUGCAGACCCAACAUAGAUCUAUCAUUCAGCACUAUUUAGGAGACGACGCUCCAGUGGCAUUGGCUAUCAUACCAGAGAUCGGGAAAAUGUUCAUUGCACUGAGGUCGGUUACCGGACCUGUGCGACAUACUCACAUCGAUCGGCAGGAUAUGACGGGGCGUGGUGCACAUGCACAUGUGAUCGAAGACAGGCUCGGCAGUAAUGGUACAAUUAGCUUUGCUGUGGAUCAUGACUUGCGUGCUGUGUUUUGGAGUGACAUGGGCUCGAGCCGCAUAGAAAUUACCAGCUAUGAAGGGGACACGAGACAUCUAUUUCGCGAAUAUUUACGGCAGCCUGUAUCGCUCACCUUAAUUGGUAACGAGCUGUUCUGGACUUGCCGUCAAUCCCAGCGCUUGUACUGGUCAGAUAAGCAUAACAUCGGGGCGACGAAAAAGAUUAAUAUUCAACUACCACCCGACAUGAAGGUACCGGAGCAAAUUCCGAUCACUGCUACUCAGCCCGUUCAACGGCAAGAUCAUCCGUGCAUGAAGAAAAACGGUGGGUGCUCUCAUAUCUGUGUUGCCGGUGGAUUGUAUGUCAGUGCAUGCGUUUGUCCUACGGGUAUGGUUUUCAAUACCUCUCUCAGCAAAACGUGCAUCGAUGCUGCUAGCUGUGAAUUCAGAUGCGAUUCGGGCGAGUGUUUAAAGAUGAAAAUGCGAUGUAACGGUCACAUUGAUUGUAAGGAUCAAUCGGAUGAGCAAAACUGUGAUCCUAUCAAGUCUAAGAUCCUAGUUAACUGCAAAUGGGACGAGUUCCGUUGUGCUGACGGCAGCAAAUGCAUUUCAAACAGCCGUCGUUGCGACAAGCAUAAUGACUGCAGUGAUUUUUCCGAUGAAGCCAAAUGCGAAAAUUAUGAUAAGCUCAGUAAUUGCACCCGACACCAAUUUACCUGUUCGAACGGGCUAUGUAUCGAUGCUACCGAGCGUUGUGAUGGUGUAGCAGAUUGUGUAGAUGGCUCAGAUGAAGAAGGGUGUACUCAGCUAGCGAGUAAGCAUGAGCAAGCUGCAACAUGCUCGUCUGGCAUGUUCCGUUGCAACAGUGGUCAGUGCAUUGGUGCAUCCUGGGAAUGUGAUGGCACCCCCGAUUGUGCAGAUGCUUCGGAUGAACAUGCGUUUUGUCACUCAAGCACGAAGGAAUGCCGGAAAGGGUACACGAGAUGUACUCUUGGGUACUGCAUCGAAAAUGCACUACUAUGCGAUGGAAACGAUGACUGCGGAGAUGGAUCAGAUGAAGAAAACUGUGACCCAACUCAUGCUGCGCAGUGCGGUGAUUCCGAUUACACUAAUUCUACCGUAUUCCACUGUUCCAAGUCCAACACCUGUUUCGAUGUUGCUAUACGUUGCAACGGCACGGCAGAGUGCCCGCACGGAGAGGAUGAGGCAGGCUGCUCAAACUGUGGUUUACAUGACUUCCAGUGUAAUGAUGGUAAAUGCAUCCGCAAGGAGUGGUGGUGUGACAAGGAUAUUGAUUGCGAAGAUGGUUCGGAUGAAAUAAAUUGUACAAGCACUGCGCGAACGGCAGAAGACACGCACUUAAGCGAGUGUGGACAAAACACCUUUCAAUGCAAACCUGGAGAAUGCAUUAACAUGUCCCAACUGUGCGAUGGUAAAAAAGAUUGUUCAAACGGUAACGAUGAAGAGAGUAAUUGUGCUGCAGCAUGCAUUGGUGGGUUAGGGCCAUGUGCUCAGAUAUGCCAGAAAACUCCGUCCGGGUCUUUAUGCAGUUGCUUGGAAGGCUUUGAAUUGGCGGGAGAUAAAAAAAAUUGUGUCGACUUUAAUGAAUGCCUCAAUGGUAAUCCGUGUGCUCAAAUCUGCACUAAUAUUAAAGGUUCUUUCCACUGCUCGUGUCGCGAAGGGUUCAUGCUCAAAUCAGAUAAAGUAUCAUGCAAGGCUAUUGGAUCUGCACAAUUUAUACUUUAUACGAAAUUCGAUCAAAUACGUAAGCUUUCCGUUAACCCACCCCAAAUUGGAAUCUUACUGCAAGCAAAUGGAAGCAGCAUUACUGCAAUGGAUAUUAAUAUUCGGCAAGAAAAAGUCUACUUUUCAUCUGAGAAUAGUGAAGCAUUGUAUGAAUUGAACCUUAAAACGAAUUUAACUACUGUGAUAGCAAAUGUAGGUACGCCUGAAAAAUUAGCAGUCGAUUGGAUAUCAGGAAAUGUUUACUUCGUUGAUGCGACUGAACCCUCGAUCAAAGUAUGCAGUUUUGAGAAGGAAGCAUGCGCUCGAGUUAUAUCCUUCACACAACGUAAUUUUGUUAAAGCUCUCAGUGUCGAUCCUGUUAACAAAUUUAUGUUCUACUCCUUAUUGUACUCGUGGAUCUUUCAGGUGCCACACUCUAUUAUUUUCAAAGCCCGUCUGGACGGAACGCUUCAGGAAAUAGUUACCAAGCAGGCUGGCCUAAUAUCUGCAAUAGCUGUCGAUCCUCAAAGUCAAAUGAUAUACUUUACAACACUCAGUGGUAAUACACUUAGCCAUAUAGAUUAUAUUGGUCAACAUCUGAAAGUGCUAGUGCGUGACCAGCCACAGAUUCUUCUAAACCCUAUACAAAUAAGUUUGUAUGAAAAUCAGGCACUUAUAGUAAACCGAGAGUCGGCCACUCUGGCUCAGUGUCAGCUAUUUGCUGGGUAUAAAUGUGACCGUUUCCACAUAAACGUUCCACCUUCUAAACAAGUAUUACUGGUCCAGGAAUCUCGUCAACCAUUGACCAACAACGUUUGUGAUGGCAAAACAUUUAACUGCUCCCAUCUUUGUAUUCCAAUGGCCACGGAAGGCAAGUGUAUAUGCCAAAAUGGUUUCGAGAUUCGUGAAGGUGACAAAUGCCCAGAGCUCAAGGAUAAAAGUUUAGCUUCAACAUCAUUUACCCAAGCAGCGCAUGCUGAAAUAAGUAAAAAUGCUAGUGAAAAUACAGACGAAGACCCGGGGAUCAUGUCAAAAAUAUUGAGUAUUACGUUGUACACAGUCUUAAUCAUAGUAACGAGUGCUGUAGUAUUUUACAUAUACUGGCGGCGUUUCAAUCAUAGGUUCGAUGUAGGAAUACACUUUAAUAAUACGGAGCUUAGUACUAUGGAUAUAUCUGAAGUAGAACUGUAUAAAACUGGUUCAAAUUUGCUGACAUUUAAGGGAAAUCCCUCUAGUAACAGCAAUACUACACCAAGCUGUCAUGUAGAAGAAUGCGAAUAUGAUAGCUAUACUCAAAACAGCACAAUAAGUGCCUCCGAGGAUGUAUAUUAUAGUGAAUCAGGAGAUAUAAAUGAGCGUUUAAUCAUUUGA